AUGUUGUUUUUCGAUUUCUUGAAGCGAUUCUACUAUGCGGCAGUUAGCUCGCCGACCCCGAGGAAGAGGGAUGACGCCAUCAGAAUAGGACUGCUUGGAGCAUCCUCCAUAGCUCCCCUGGCGAUAAUUUUACCCGCCUUGUCGCACCCGGAAGUCAUCGUGGCAGCGGUCGCUGCUCGAGAUCCCGAGCGCGCCCGUCAGUACGCCGAGAAGUACAGCAUUCCGAUCGUCCAUAAUACUUAUCAAGAACUUCUGAGCGAUCCAGCCAUCGACGCAGUCUAUAUUGCUCUGCCGAAUUCCCUACACUUUGAGUGGGCCCUGCGUUCCAUACAAGCAAGAAAGCAUGUUCUUCUUGAGAAGCCGUCCUGUUCGAAUGCCGACGAGGCAAGGUCACUCUUCAGACAUCCUUUAGUGACUGCGCCGAAUGCCCCGGUUCUUCUUGAAGCUUUCCACUAUCAAUUUCACCCAGCCUGGCAGGCUUUUCUCUACCAGAUUAAUCACCUUCCCUGGGGCGCGACUGUAGAGCAUGUCUAUUCCCAGCAGUAUCUUCCCAAAGGGUAUUUGGAAAUGGACGACAUCCGCUUCCACUAUGGCUUGUCAGGUGGCUGUCUCAUGGACCUAGCAACGUAUCCCCUUUCCUGCGUGCGGCAGGUGCUGGGUAGAGGGGAGCAUCUCAAUCCCAUUGAAGCACUGCAUCGCCCCUUGCCUGUUGCAUCAGAUGGAUAUCAGCCGGAGCCACAGAUUGACGCGGCAAUAAAAGCUACCUACGCUACAGACAGUGACAAGACCGCAGAAAUCAGGGGUGAUCUGUUAUUUGGAGGAGGGUUCUCGUUCCUCCCGGCGGCAUGGUCUCAUUCCCUGCCGUCGUUCAGGUGGCCCAAGACUGAAGCAAGAACAGGAGAGAUGCUGCUUAAUGGAUUAAACGAUGAAGUGCGCCACUUUGUCAGAAGGAAAAUCACGUUGUGGAAUCACCUCAUUCCGACGGUCUACCACCGGAUCGAUAUCUGCGAUACACAUACUCUCCGCCGAGGGGAAGAGGUUGUGAAGACGUGGGAUGUGAUGGAGUAUGCCAAAGCAUACAACUGGCCAGCGGGCGAUGUGCGAGCGCAGACCUAUCAGGAAUGGUGGACUACCUGGCGCUGCCAACUAGAAGAGUUUGUCAAUCGGAUCAAGGGUCGUGCGGGCUCCGGGGUGUGGAUCGACGGUGAGGAGAGCAUUGCGCAGAUGGAGGCGAUCGACGAUACGUACGCUCAGGCGGGAUUGCUGACACGGCCGACCAGUGCUUUUGAGGUUGCAAUUGAUAGAGAUCCGGGGACCAAUAGUCUGAGGCCUGCGUAUUACUACAAAUUGUCGAUAGAAACGUAUCAAUUGCCAUUCGCGGUUAGUGGCAUGGAUCCUGCCCGCGCCGUCCGUGUGGUCCCGUCCGCACCAAUAGGAGGGGGACAACCUACAGCCGAUCACGCCACGUCUGGAUUCCGUCCGCGUGAGGCCAAUAGUCCAUUGUAA